UAAAAUGUUCACGGAUUUUAAAUAACUCCAUGAAUUUUAAGUAUGUUCGUAAAUGCAAAUAUUUACUCAAGUAUUCUUAAAAUCAUGAUUCCGAAAAAUAUUCACGGAUCUUAAAUAUGUUUGUGAAUUAGUAAAAUGACCAGGAAUGUGAAAAUUGUUCACAGAUUUGGAAAAAGUUCGCUUCUUUAACAUAUUUCAUUAAUUUGAAAGAAUGUUCACAUGUUCAGAGAAAUAUUCAUGGAUUUGAAAAAACGUUCGUGAAAUUUAGAAAGUUCAUGAAUUUGAUUUAUUAACUGUAAAAGUUUCAAGGAUUUUAAAAUGAUGAAAAAUGAAAAUAAGCAAGGAAAAUGAAAAGAAAGACAUAUAUUAAAAACAAGCCGAAAAAAGAAAACAGAAGAAAGGGGCAAAUCUAAAAAUGCCACGGAAAAAACUGGACUAGAGCCUUGCCAAAACCAGGACUGGGUAGAGAAAAACCGGGGCAACGCCAAAUAGGGAAUUCCUUAGCUUAUUAAUUCUAGUCGGACACGGACUGGUUGACAGCGUGGCCGGCCCGUCGCCUGGACCUAUAAAAUGCUUGGCGCGGCAUGGAAGGAACACGCCCAGUUGAUUGAAUCCAAUACCGCAGACCAAGCCACAAUAGCUCGCCCGCCAUCUUUCCCAGACGCUGAUCGCUCUAGUCUCGCUCGAACCUCCGUCUACACCACCGGUGACGGCAUCACCCUCGUCUCCGGCGACCGGCUGCUGCGCCCCUUCCCCGCUCGUCCUCUCGUCCACGCCCGCGGCGACCCUCUUCGUCGCGCCACGCUGCCUUGGUCUAGAGGUGACAACAGCUCGAUCGUCUUCUGUUUUCCUGCAACUCAUCAAUCUCAGAAUCAUGUUUGUUGCCAUAUUUUCUUUUCAGUUUCAACACAUGGCGGCCGGAGGAUUAAUGGAGCAGGACCUAAGCAAGCUUGAUGUCACAAAGCUCCACCCGUUGUCACCUCAAGUUAUCUCACGCCAAGCCACCAUCAACAUUGGUACAGUUGGUCAUGUGGCCCACGGGAAGUCUACCGUUGUGAAAGCUAUAACCGGAGUUCAGACUGUUCGCUUCAAGAAUGAGCUUGAACGUAACAUCACUAUCAAGCUGGGCUACGCUAAUGCAAAAAUCUAUAAAUGCGAGGAUGACAGAUGUCCACGACCAAUGUGCUACAAGGCUUAUGGAAGCGGAAAAGAAGAUACUCCUGUCUGUGAUGUUCCUGGGUUUGAAAACACCAGGAUGAAGCUUCUGAGACAUGUUUCCUUUGUUGACUGCCCGGGCCACGACAUUCUCAUGGCCACAAUGCUUAAUGGAGCAGCUAUCAUGGAUGGAGCCUUGCUUUUGAUAGCAGCAAAUGAGAGCUGCCCACAACCCCAGACAUCCGAGCAUCUUGCGGCUCUUGCGGGUCUCAAACACCUCAUAAUUCUGCAGAAUAAGAUUGAUGUUAUCCAGGAGAGUGCAGCAGUGAACCAGCAUGAAGAAAUCCAAAAAUUCAUCCAGGGCACGAAAGCUGAAGGUGCUCCUGUGGUGCCAAUAUCUGCCCAGCUCAAGUACAACAUUGAUGUCAUCUGUGAAUAUAUUGUGAAGAAAAUCCCCAUUCCGGAGAGGAACUUCACCUCACCUCCCAACAUGAUUGUCGUUCGCUCCUUCGAUGUCAAUAAGCCUGGUUCGGAGGUUGAUGAAAUCAAGGGUGGGGUGGCAGGUGGCACCAUCCUCAGGGGAGUCCUCAGGGUGAACCAGAAUAUCGAGGUUCGCCCUGGCAUGGUCAUGAAGGAUGCCACGGCCCUGUUAAGGAGCCACGCCGCCCAGCCCAGCCCGCCCCCUGCCGAGGAUCUUGCCGGCGGGCGAUGCCGUGCUCGCGUGCGCCACCACGGCGUUGCCCGCGUACGACGCGUGUAUGCCGUCGACGCGGGCACGGUAUCCGACGAGGAGAUAGUACGCCGUCUUCUGCUCCGGCGCACCGCGCGCCACAGGUGCGCGAGCAGGGCCUGCAGCGACGGGAUUGCAUCUUCACAUGUACAGUUGAGAAUUUUUGUAACAAAAUGCGUGUCUUGA